CCCUUAGCUGCGAAGAUACAACUGUUCCGCCGCUUCUCGAAGCUGAGAUUAAGAACUUUAUUGAGCUCCUUAGAACACAGAGACUUGCGAUCCUGCUGCUAAUAUGGCCAGUAAGAAGGUAAGGGCUCGGGCCAACUCCAUGGCUGACCAGGGCAACAACAAUUCCAGCACUGUCUUGCCAGACUGCAGUUUGCCUGGUGAUAUAAUGGAGGAGAUACUGUUGCGUCUUCCAGUGAAGGUGCUGCUCCGGUUCCUGUCGGUUAGCAAGUCAUGUUACGCUUUCCUCAAAGGUCAUGCAUUCACUAAAACAUACUCUCUUAGCAAUCUGCAUCGUGCUGAUUUAUGUGCCCUGAUUUUGGAUUGCCGCUAUAGAUUUCCUAUGGAUUGCUUUCUUUUCAAUCUCUCUGUGCUGCGUCUUGAUGCUAAAUACAGUGUUUCUGAGCUCUCAGAAAUACCUUUGCCAAUGUCCAAACCGAGAUUUGUUUGUUCCAGCAAUGCCUUGGUAUGCGUUGCUUCGGAUUGUGGGUCCAAUGUCUGUCUAUGGAAUCCUUCAACUAGGAACUGUAGGUCCAUUGCAGUCCCUGAUUCUAGUGCUCUGUCUUCAACCUGUAUGAAACUUGGAUAUAUUCAUGAAAUCAAUGAGCACAUGCUUUUGAAAGUGCCAAUUGGUCGGGGCCAUGGGGCUGAGGAGGGUCCGAAAUUGGUUUGGGUUUAUACGUUCAGUUUGAAUUAUUGGAGACGUAAAGAGACCACUAUCCCGCCAUUUGAGUGGAGGCUUAUGGAAUCUUCUGUUACCCUAACCUUAAAUGGGGUUAUGCAUUGGUUUAAAAAUUAUGAUAGAGAUACUAUUAUUUCAUUUGAUUUGAUGAAUGAUGUAUUCAACUCCAUAGCUGUGCCAGUCUCUCACUGCUUCCCAGAUGGAGAUUUCUUUAUUUCUAGAGAUCUUGUGGUUCUUGAGGGAUCCCUUUCUGUUAUUGCGCAUCCUGAAUACAAUGACUAUGCUCCUGGUGGUUAUGAGAUAUGGGUUAUGAAAGAAUAUGGGAUUGAGGAAUCUUGGACAAAGAAGUAUUCCAUUCCACCCUUUUCCACAUUCACAAGGCCACUGCGAAUCUGGAAAGCCAAUAAGCUUGCCUUCAAUAGUUAUUAUGGGAUUGUUGAUGAUGGUGAUGAGCCUAUCCCUAUUUUGUCUGAAGUACUCUCAUAUGAUCUUGUUACUAAAAGCAUCGAGUAUUUUGAACUUCCUAGGCAACUCAAAGGAUAUAGUCACUAUUACACCAGGGAUUUUGUUGAAAGCUUGUAACAUGAAAAUGGAAGAAAUGGAGUACAAGCCAAGAAAAUGCAAUUCCUGACAGGUAUUUAUGGUGUGAUGAUGUUGAAUUGUUAUCCAGUGGCCUUUUUUGCAGUCCACGGGGAGGUGACUUCCAGAAAUCAGGUUUUUUUUAGGUGGGGAAUACACUGAACAGGUGUUGCUAGUUGUCUGACUCAUUUUGCGGUGCCUGUAAGUUUUAACUGCGCAUAGGGAAUUUAUUUUGCUGGAAAUUAAUUGACAUGAUGAUGAUGA